AUGAGCGGGCACAGCAGUGGUGGGAUUGAUCCAAACGAUCUCGCUGUGCCCGGCCACUUUCAAACCUCAAUGCAGCAUAACUACAAUGCGCCAAAUGCUUUUUCGAGUGGCUCGGCCCUCUUUGGCGAUGACGAACUGCUGGAAGGACUCAACAGCCCGACGGAACCUCAAUCUGGGAUGCAGGGUCACGGGCAGGACUUUGGUGGCAUGAACGACAUGGGAAUCAGCUACCCUCAGGGCAUUUACGGUUCUCAUCCUGGCUUGCCGAUUGACCAACACCAAGUCAACGGCUUUUCGAGCACUCCAGACGGUGACCCAAUACAAAGCCCUUUCGUCCACAACUUUGGUCAAUUCCGGCCGAUUCAGCAUCCGCAAUCAUUCGGAGGUUCAUUACAGUCGCCUCUGUCGUACGCGGGAUCACCCCUUGCGAGCUCGGAUCUCAACGAACACCAGGACCCAAAUUUUCUCAGUACGAAAGCACGCGCGGCACGUAUGACGCAGACGAUGCAGCGAAAGCCCUCGAGCACCCGAAGCCCGCUAACACCCAAGACGGCGACCAUGACGGGCAUGUCGGUGCCCGCUGAAGCCACGUUUGGUUCCCAGCCGAUCAGAACAACUGGUGCGCAUCACGAGAAGUCGCAUUCUGGGCAAUGGAUUCAAACUCCCAAUAGUCUGUCGUCGUUCCCGGGAUCGGGGUUCUCGUCGCCGCUUCAGGCCAACAUGCAGGGCAACCAAAUCAGUGACAUCAUCUUGAAGGGUGGUGCGUCGAUGCCGGCCAAGCUUGGCGCUGCAUCGGCUGCUGCAUCGUCGCAGGAAGCCAGGCGGAAGCGGAGGCGAGAAUCCCACAACCUGGUCGAGCGCCGCAGGAGAGACAACAUUAAUGAAAGAAUCCAGGAUCUGAGCAAGCUGGUGCCAGCGCAUCGUCUAGAGGACGAAAAGAUAAGAAAGGCCAUCCAAAAUGGCACGCCAUUGUCGCCCACUCUUGCUGGGAUCUCCAGUCCCUCACAGGCUACUUCAGCUCUUGCUGGCCCGGGUGCUCGGCGGGCGGCUGGCGGAACGGCAGGGAAUAUUACAACUGGUCUACCAAUUGAAGAGAAAGACAAAGGCCCUAACAAAGGCGAUAUUCUCAAUGGUGCCGUCAGUUGGACUCGGGAUUUGAUGUGGAUGCUACAUCUGAAGAUCCAGCAGCAGGAGGAACUAAUAAACGCGCUGUACGAACGCGGCGGGCAGCUUCCCUUUGAGAUUACCGAUGACGAGCGGCGCAUGCAGACGGAGCUGAUGGAAGCCAUGGCAAGGAACGACGAGGCAACGGGAAGGCCGAAAACUUUCACCUACUCGCGCACGGCCGGGUCUGGGCUUCGUGUCCCCCACCACACAGACUACAAAGGUGAACCUUUGAACGGCAACGGCAAUGGCAAUGGCAGUACGGUCGACCAUCACGCCUCUGUGAGCCCAGGAGAUGACGGCCACGACAUGCUCGACUCCGGUGAUUUCCUCGACUACGAUGACGACGGCAGUGGGGAAAUGAACUUUAAGGAGGAAGACGAGUAUGGCAUGGACAUGACGGCUUGA